CGGGCGCGCGCGCGGCGGGGGCGGGCUCUUCCGAGCGCAGAGCGCCGAGCUGCAGUGGCGGAGCCGGACGUGUCCGCGAAGAUGGCGGGCCGGAGUAUGCAAGCUGCAAGAUGUCCUACAGAUGAAUUAUCUUUAACUAACUGUGCAGUUGUGAAUGAAAAGGAUUUCCAGUCUGGCCAGCACGUGAUGGUGAGGACCUCCCCCAACCACAGGUACACAUUUACACUGAGGACCCACCCAUCUGUUGUUCCAGGGAGCAUUGCAUUCAGCUUACCUCAGCGAAAAUGGGCUGGACUUUCUAUUGGGCAAGAAAUAGAAGUGUCCUUAUAUACAUUUGACAAAGCCAAACAAUGUAUUGGCACAAUGACCAUCGAGAUUGAUUUCCUGCAGAAAAAAAGUAUCGACUCUAACCCUUAUGAUACUGACAAGAUGGCCGCAGAAUUCAUUCAACAGUUCAACAACCAGGCAUUCUCAGUGGGACAACAGCUUGUGUUUAGCUUCAAUGAAAAGCUUUUUGGCUUACUGGUAAAAGACAUUGAAGCCAUGGAUCCUAGCAUCCUGAAGGGAGAGCCUGCGGCGGGUAAAAGACAAAAGAUUGAAGUAGGACUGGUUGUUGGAAACAGUCAAGUUGCAUUUGAAAAAGCAGAAAAUUCAUCACUCAAUCUUACUGGCAAAGCUAAAACCAAGGAAAACCGCCAGUCUAUCAUCAAUCCUGACUGGAACUUUGAAAAAAUGGGAAUAGGAGGUCUGGACAAGGAAUUCUCAGAUAUUUUUCGACGAGCGUUUGCUUCCCGGGUAUUUCCUCCAGAGAUUGUGGAACAGAUGGGUUGCAAACAUGUUAAAGGCAUCCUGUUAUAUGGGCCUCCAGGUUGUGGUAAGACUCUCUUGGCUCGACAGAUUGGCAAGAUGUUGAAUGCAAGAGAGCCUAAAGUGGUCAAUGGGCCGGAAAUCCUCAACAAGUAUGUGGGAGAAUCAGAGGCUAACAUUCGUAAACUCUUUGCUGAUGCUGAAGAGGAGCAAAGGAGGCUUGGUGCUAACAGUGGUUUGCACAUCAUCAUCUUUGAUGAAAUUGAUGCCAUCUGCAAACAGAGAGGGAGCAUGGCUGGUAGCACAGGAGUUCAUGACACUGUCGUCAACCAGUUGCUGUCCAAAAUUGAUGGGGUAGAGCAACUAAACAACAUCUUAGUCAUUGGAAUGACCAACAGACCAGAUCUCAUAGAUGAGGCUCUCCUUCGACCUGGAAGACUGGAAGUUAAAAUGGAGAUAGGCUUACCAGAUGAGAAAGGCCGACUCCAGAUCCUUCACAUCCACACAGCAAGGAUGAGAGGGCAUCAGUUGCUCUCUGCUGAUGUAGACAUCAAAGAACUGGCCGUAGAGACCAAGAACUUCAGCGGUGCUGAGCUCGAAGGUCUGGUGCGAGCAGCACAGUCCACUGCUAUGAACAGACACAUAAAGGCCAGUACAAAAGUGGAAGUGGACAUGGAGAAAGCAGAGAGCCUGCAGGUGACAAGAGGAGACUUCCUUGCUUCUUUGGAGAAUGAUAUCAAACCAGCAUUUGGCACAAACCAAGAGGAUUAUGCAAGUUACAUUAUGAAUGGUAUCAUCAAAUGGGGUGAUCCAGUCACUCGAGUUCUAGAAGAUGGGGAGCUGCUGGUCCAACAGACUAAAAACAGUGACCGCACACCAUUGGUUAGCGUCCUUCUGGAAGGUCCUCCUCACAGUGGGAAGACUGCUUUGGCUGCAAAGAUUGCAGAGGAAUCCAACUUCCCCUUCAUCAAGAUCUGUUCUCCUGAUAAGAUGAUUGGCUUUUCUGAGACAGCCAAGUGUCAGGCCAUGAAGAAGAUCUUUGAUGAUGCAUAUAAAUCCCAGCUCAGUUGUGUGGUUGUGGAUGACAUUGAGAGACUGCUUGAUUAUGUCCCUAUUGGCCCUCGAUUUUCUAAUCUGGUAUUACAGGCUCUUCUUGUGUUACUGAAAAAGGCGCCUCCUCAGGGCCGCAAGCUUCUUAUCAUUGGGACCACGAGCCGCAAAGAUGUCCUUCAGGAGAUGGAAAUGCUUAACGCCUUCAGCACCACCAUCCACGUGCCCAGCAUUGCCACAGGAGAGCAGCUGCUAGAGGCUUUGGAGCUGUUGGGCAACUUCAGGGAUAAAGAACGCACCACAAUUGCACAGCAAGUCAAAGGGAAGAAGGUCUGGAUAGGAAUCAAGAAGUUACUAAUGUUGAUCGAGAUGUCCCUACAGAUGGAUCCUGAAUACCGUGUGAGAAAAUUCUUGGCCCUCUUGAGAGAAGAAGGAGCGUAAUAGCCGCCUCGACUUUGAAAAUGAACUAUUUUCAGACACAAAGUGACCAAGGUGAAGGUGGCCUGGGAUCGUCACUCGACUUACUCAAGAUACUGACAAAUUGAAAUGUUCCCUGCCUUCAACACGUGCUCCUUCUGCAUGAUUAGUGCAGUGAAACUCCCUUCCUUGUGCUUAUUGAGAUACUCAGUUUUGUGGAAGGUAUAAAUUUGCUUUAGAAUGCUGUGCUCACCUUUCCGUGCAAGCUGAUUCCUUCUUGCUCAGUCUUUAAACGUGGGAAACAUACUGUACUUGUGAACACUACACAUUCUAAGCUCCCUACCACCACCUGUCACCUAAAAACUCUCUAUAAACGCAACGAUGUGGCAAAAUAACAGUUCCCGGAGUAGAAGGAAGACUUUCUACAUGUAAACCAGGAGCAGUGACUAGAGGUAUGGGUUCAAAGGGAUUAUUUUGUAACUUCCUUGUGCUAACACUAAAGGUAAUUGGAUACAUGGUUAAAGGUUCUCCCAGAAGCCUGGUUAUCUUUGCCUAAAGAAACAGGGCUUUGAAUUUCUAAGAUGCUGUUCUCAGUCAUUUUCAGAGAUGUUUCCAAGUUGCAGUCAGGAGAUCUUUCUUAACAGAAAGUCAGAUUAUUACCAUGUUGGCUGUGACACCCCCUUAAUAUAAGUAAUUUGCUCUGUGGCAAGAGAUAUGCUAAUCAUUACCACUUGGUAGAUGUUGUUAACAGCUUGUGAGAGAUGUGUAUGGAAAAAGCACACACGCCUAAACAGAAAGGCGUCAUUAAAGUAACUUAAAACCCUCUCAGCACUCAUUAGUGUCCAACUUUAAAUGGGUCAAUCCCUUAGUUUAAUAUUAAAGGCUUAUUUAGUAUCACCACUUUUCUUUUUUCCUUAGCUUAAUGACUUACUUAGAAUAUAUCCUUCCUUUAAAUUAUCUGUACUACCUAGCAUCUAAAUAAAACACUAUUUUCCAGAAAAAAAUAAACCACUUUCUAGUCCUCUCCCCUCAGUCCUUUAACAUCCAUUCCAAUACACUGAAGACAUUUCCUUUCCCCACUACGCACUUCUUCCAAAGAGAAGGAGAACGGUGGUGUAAGCCAAGUUUGAAGAAAUUUAAUCAGGUCGUCAUGUUUGGUGAGGAGACUUGUGGAACAUGCCACUCUCUCCCCGUUGCUGCUUAAACUUCUAGGACAAGCGAUCAGGAGCCACCUGAAGGUACCUAACACCACCUGUAAGGCUUGUCACGCAUAAGGUACUUGGGUGUAGCUCUGUCAUCUGUCCCCAUGGUAGAAGGUAAAUUAUCUCCAGAUCUUGCUCUCUGUAUAUUUUUGGUAGACUUGUAUGUCACAUCUACUUUCUUUUGGGUUUUCAUCUCUAGCUUAUUUUGUGGCUGUUUUUUGUUUUUGUUUUUGUUUUUUUUAGGUGGAUUGUAUUGUGAAAUUCUGUGAUUGCUGGUGGCCAAUAUCCUGGAUUCCCUUAUCUGUUUUAGAUCUUGCCUCUUUUUUCUCUUCCCAUGAAAGCAGCACACAUUGUAUUAACUUAUGUGUCUUGUUAAAUAAGGUUAAUGUCUUUGUGUUUUGUCCAAAACUAUAUUGAAAAAAUAUAAAUAUUAUAUUGUUUAAUGCAAAUGAAGGAAUGCAAUAAAGAGUACAUAUACUUGAAAA